GAGCACUCAGCUCUCCACGGCCACACCCUCACGCCGGCACUGAGCCCUGGCUGCCUGUGCACCUCCUAGGUGACUCCACUGGGCGGGCCCCCGGGCCGGGGAGGGCGGGGCGCUCAGGGAACCUUAAAGGGAGCUCCGCAAGUCCCCGCCCAGGCCCUGCCGCCGUCCGAAGCUCCCCACCAUGGCUGAGACCGCCAAGCUCCAGCUGUUUGUCAAGGCGAGCGAGGACGGUGAGAGCGUGGGCCACUGCCCUUCUUGUCAGAGGCUCUUCAUGGUCCUGCUUCUCAAGGGCGUGUCCUUCACACUCACCACCGUGGACACCCGCAGGUCCCCAGAUGUGCUGAAGGACUUUGCCCCGGGUUCGCAGCUGCCCAUCCUGCUCUAUGAUGGCGACGCCAAAACGGACACGCUGCAGAUUGAGGAGUUUCUGGAAGAGACGCUAAGCCCCCCAGAAACCCGGUGCCCGCGCUGGACGAUGGUGAGGAGGGUCCGGAGACGCGGCGAGGCUGGGGGGAGUGGCGGCCCCGGCCGGCUCCUCACCGCGCUCCCCGCCCCCAGCCCUGUACCAGCAUCUGCUGCGCGCCCUCGCCAAGCUGGACAGCUACCUGCGCGCGCCCCUGGAGCACGAGCUGGCGCGGGAGCCGCAGCUGCGCGAGUCACGCCGCCGCUUUGUGGACGGCGACCAGCUCACGCUGGCCGACUGCGGGCUGCUGCCCAAGCUGCACAUCGUGAACACGGUGUGCGCGCACUUCCGCCAGGCGCCCAUCCCCGCUGAGCUGUGCGGCGUCCGCCGCUACCUGGACAACGCCCUGCAGGAGAAGGAGUUCAACUACACGUGUCCACACAGCGCGGAGAUCCUGGCGGCCUACCGGCCCGCCGUGCGCCCCCGCUAGCGCGCCCGCCUCCCCCGCCCGUCUGCAGCCCCAGAAAGGCAUCUCUGCCUCAGUGAGCGUGUACGGACAUACGAGGACCAGAGGCCCCGCAAUUCUGCCACCCCCAAACUCCCACCGUGAGACGCUCAGCUCCAGAUGACAGCCAGGAAGGACCGGCAGAGAGCCCAGUGGGCGGGGCGCGGCCCAUUCCCCCACUCCUCAGGGAUGGCGGGACUGGAUUGGGCUCCCAAACCAGUCAGGCCAGGGCGGGGCGGCAGGAUGGCUGGGGAGGGUGGGGAGCAGAGCCCCGUCUGGGCAACUCCGGUCUCCAGGCCGGAGGGCGGGCCCACAUUCCUCAGCUCUGCCCCAGGUGGCAGGCAGGCCACCCCCGUCUCCCUGGUCAUCACGUGGGGUUUGCAUCAGGGAGGCGUGUGUGCCCGCAGGGACAGGAGCAGAGUUCUAGCCUCUCAGAGCCCCAGCCCCACCUCACACAGCCUUCUUGGCUCCUGGGCUGG